AUGGAAAAGGAGAAGAAGAAGUAUCCUAUAGGAGCAGAGCAUUAUACUCUGUAUGAGGAGAUCGGGACAGGUGCCAGCGCCUUGGUUCAUCGAGCUCUCUGUAAUCCUCUCAAUGAGAUUGUUGCAAUCAAAAUUCUGGAUUUUGAACGGGCCAACUGUGAUCUGAAUAACAUUUCACGGGAAGCACAAACGAUGGUUCUAGUUGACCACCCCAAUGUUCUUAAAUCACACUGCUCCUUCGUUAUAGAUCAUAAUUUAUGGGUUGUAAUGCCUUACAUGGCUGGAGGUUCUUGUCUGCACAUAUUGAAGGCAUCACAUCCAGAUGGUUUUGAGGAGGUCGUCAUUGCUACAGUUUUGCGUGAGGUGUUGAAGGGCUUGGAAUAUCUUCAUCAACAUGGUCACAUUCAUCGGGAUGUUAAAGCUGGCAAUAUUCUCAUUGAUACUCAUGGUGGAAUCAAACUUGGUGAUUUUGGUGUUUCUGCAUACUUGUUUGAUUCAGGUGACAGACAUCGCAUGAGGAAUACAUUCGUGGGGACUCCUUGCUGGAUGGCACCAGAGGUUAUGGAGCAAUUGCAUGGUUAUGAUUUCAAAGCAGAUAUUUGGUCUUUUGGUAUAACUGCUUUGGAGCUUGCACAUGGCCAUGCACCUUUUUCAAAGUAUCCUCCAAUGAAGGUAUUGCUUAUGACCUUGCAAAAUGCACCACCUGCUCUUGAUUAUGAGAGAGACAAAAAGUUUUCUAAGUCUUUUAAGGAGAUGAUUGCUAGUUGUUUGGUGAAAGAUCCGUCAAAAAGGCCGUCAGUGAAAAAGCUAUUAAGGCAUUCAUUUUUCAAGCAAGCUAGAUCAAGUGAUUAUAUUGCAAGAACUCUUCUGGAGGGGCUCCCAGAUCUUGGUGAUCGUCUUCAGGCAAUAAAGAGAAAGGAGGAAGAUAUGCUUGCACAAAAGAAAAUACCAGAUGGGCAGAAAGAGGAAAUGUCGCAGAAUGAAUAUAAACGUGGGAUUAGUAGUUGGAACUUCAACCUUGAUGAUAUGAAGGCUCAGGCUUCCUUGAUCCAGGAUGAAGAUAUUAUAGUCGAAAAGGAUGACGAUAUGCACGCUAAACAAUUUCAGCAUCCGUUAUCUUCAUCCAAAAGUCAGUUGUCUUUUACAAGUCAAUAUUCAGAAGUUGCAGAUUCUGAUGAUAAUAGUCAGCCUGCUUCUCUCUCAUCAGUAGACUCCACUAGUAACAUGAAUAAUCAAGAAAAAUCUGCUGAUCAUGCAAGCUUUGCUAGUUCGACCAUUGAGCAGAAAAUAUCCCAUAAUUUCUCUCCUGGCAGCAGGAAUCACAUGGAGAGUAAUUUGUCAGGAAAAUCAGAAUCAGAUGUUACUGGAAAAUUAUUGGAGGAAACUUCAUAUUCUCCCCAGAGUGAUAAACUCCAAAAUCAGCCCCAAAUUUUUUCAAGUGUCAAUGGAUCUUCCAUUCCUCAAACAGUAGAUGAUGCGCAAGAGGAUAUGAAUUCAAAAGCAAACAGUGAAGAACUUGACGAGAAGGCAAAACGUCCAGUUGUUCAACAAAAAGGACGUUUUAAGGUUACAUCUGAGAAUGUUGAUGUAGAGAAGGUGGUUCAAGCUCCAAUGCACAAAAGCCAUAGCAUGCAGGUGAUAUCUCAGCAUCCUGCUAUUUCUUCACCAUUGCUACUUGAUGCUACACCUUCAAAUCCUCUUGGUCAAGCUCUUUUUCCUGGGUUACAGUCUGUUUUGCAUACGAACAUUCUUCAAAGGGACUGUAUUCUUAGUCUCAUGAAGCAAAUCUCUGGAUAUGACUCUACAGAUGUGGGAUGUAUGUCGACGAACCCUGGUGUGUCAGAUAAAUCGUUGCUGGAGGUAGCUCAUGAUCGGGAAAAGGAAUUGCUUCGAGAGAUAACUGAUUUACAUUGGAGGUUUAUAUGUGCCCAAGAUGAGCUCCAAAAAUAUAAAACAGAGAACGGUCAUAUCAACUCUUGA